AUGUCGCAUAAAAAAGCUGUAGAAACACUAAAUCGAACGCUCCAGGAUUUGCGCAGCAAUACCGAUGUAAUGGGAGGAAUGGUGGUUUUACUGGCUGGUGACUUUCGUCAAACUUUACCUGUCAUUCAAAAGGGCAUACCUGCAGAUAAAAUUAAAGCAUGCCUCAAGUCGUCUAUUUUAUGGAACAAGGUGACAAAAUUAAGUUUAACUACGAAUAUGAAAGUGCAUUUGUAUAAUGAUAUCAAUGCUGGAAACUAUGCUGACACACUAUUAAAAAUUGUCGAUGGGUGGUUGGAAACGGAUGCUGAGGGUUGCGUUAAAUUGACGAGAGAUUUUUGUAAUUUAGUACAGAGUCAUUCCGAAUUAAUUGCGAGCGUUUAUUCAGAUUUAACGAACAACAUGCAUGAAGACAAAUGGUUAUGUGAAAGGGCGAUUCUUGCACCAAAAAAUGAGAGCGUUAACAAAAUAAAUUCAGAUAUAUUAAGCGAAGUAUCAGGAGAAAUAACAGAGUAUUUGUCAGUAGACACAGUUAUGGACACAGAACAGAGCACUUCAUAUCCCGUAGAGUUUCUAACUUCUCUAGAGUUGUCAGGUGUGCCCUCACAUAAGUUUCAAUUAAAAUUAGGCGUCCCAGUCAUGCUAAUGCGAAAUUUAGAUGCUCCUCGGUUAUGUAACGGGACAAGGCUGCGUGUGACACAUCUUGGACGGAACAUAAUCGGUGCUACAAUUUUGACAGGCGUAGGAAAAGGUGAAAAUGUUAUUAUACCACGGAUCCCUAUAAUUCCCACAGAUCUUCCUUUUCAAUUCAAAAGGUUGCAGUUCCCUAUUAAGCUCAGUUUUGCAAUGACAAUUAAUAAAGCGCAAGGGCAAACGCUACAGGUAGCGGGGGUUAAUUUAGAAAAACCGUGCUUCUCUCAUGGUCAGCUGUAUGUAGCGUAUUCGCGUGUAUCAAAUGCCCAGAAUCUCCACAUUCUUUCCCCAAAUGGAAAAACAUAUAACAUUGUGUACAAUAGCGUCUUAAAAUAG